AUGUCAUUAGAUUUAGAUGAACUUCUGGAUUUCGUCGUAGAUGGCCAAUACGAGGGCUCCUCCGGUUCCACGGAAAACGUUGGAGAGGGCUCCCUUGAACAUGGCGGACAUUCCUUCGUUUGCGAUGAUCUUUCUGGCGCAGUCGAGGGUGUUUUUGUAGAGAAUGUCUUUGCGUCCGGACUGCAUCAUCAUACGACGACGAACAGUGUCCCAUGGGUAGGAAAGGAUUCCAGAUCCGACUGUGACAACCUGGGCAAUUCCCCAAGCGGCGAAGAAGUUGAGCUUCUGUCCAUCGGCAGCGAAGACCAUCUUGGCGGUAUCGAACAUUCCGAAGUAAGCGGCACGGUAGAUGAUGAUUCCUUGCACGGAGACGAAGAAUCCUCUGUAGAGUCCGAUUGGUCCGUCAGACUUGACGAUCUUGACGAGGCAGUCAGCGAGUCCCUUGAAUUCACGAUCAUUGGCCUUUCCGAUAUCAGCGGCAAGACGGGUACGGGCGAAGUCGAGUGGGUAGACGAAGCAGAGGGAGGUGGCUCCAGCAGCUCCUCCGGAUGCCAAGUUUCCGGCGAAGAACCUGAAUUUUAA